GGGAUUGUCGCACAUGUCGAACUUCCUGUUAAUGUCGGUCAUUUCAGAUUCUAUUAGAUUACACACUUAUUAGUUUCAUUGGACACCAAAAUAUUGGGAAAAUACCACAUUUAAUUCAAAUUAGGGUUUUAAUUUAUUAAAUAAUCCAUUGUUAACAUUGGAAAUACCACUGACACAACCAUUAAUGCCAUCAGCGGUAAGCAAUGUGUUAUCGACUAGAUGGCUCAGCUGUGCUCCGAUUCGCUUACUGGCCUAAACUAAACUUAUUAAUAAAUACUCUGGCUAAGGUGACAGUAGCUACUCUACUCCUAAAAUAUGAAUUUAGCCUAGUCCUCUAGUUUUUAUUACUUCGUAAGGUUGAUCUAGUCAUUUGUUAAACUAUAAUGUCUAAAUGAAUCAUCAUUAAGUGAAUAUGCUGCAAAUCAAUGUAGCAAUGUUACUCAAUGAACUCAAUGUAACUUUGCUCAAUGAGUCUCAAUGACUAAUAAUUAUCUUAAUCAUCUAACUUUACUAAGAAGUAAAGUUACAAAGUUAGUUACCGUACUACACCCAGAGGUACUGAAUUAUAAAAAUAAAAGCCUGAGCAGGGCUUAGUUUAGUAAUGCCAGGGGUGUUAAAGAAAGAGUUGGGGCUGUUUGGUUGACAAUUUAAAUUAGUGGUGUGUACCGUUACACUGAAAUUCAUGAAGACCUUAUUUAUAAGUCAAAGCCAAAGCCUAGUCAAUAGUCAGUCCAUACUAUUUAGGCUAUGAUGCUACUACUAACACCUACUUUGUAUUACAUUUAGAAUGACAAUACAUGUUAGUACUGUUAAUCUUUAGUCUGAGUAGGCCUGAUGAUUAGCAGAUUACUGAAACUAGGCAUAGGCACAUAGGCCUUUAAGUAAACCAGUUUUAAUAUCACAAAAAUAUGCUUAUAAUAUUAUUAACCCUCUUGAAAUGACUGGGCCGAGUCAGUGGUGAAAAAGAGGAAUGGCUGAUCCAUCUGCCCAAUAAUACAAGCCUAGAUGCUAAGAUACAAAUGGACCUACAAUCUAAACUGCUUGCCUAGUAGAAUAGCAUUUAGUCAAAAUGGACCCGGACACGCAUCGACGCUAUUCGGUACCGGGUCCCUUUAGACUAAAUGCUAUUCGGAUGUCAUUUGUGGUAGUUUAUUUUAGUUAAACUGAAGAAUUAAGUUUACAAACAUAUAGUCCAUUCAAUUAUCUUUUAUUUCAUACCAAAUUGGUAUUGUACAAAUAGUACAAUAAUAUUUUUAAUAUCUUUUAAUAAACCCAACCUCUCACUUCUAAUACCGGGUCUGAAUAGCCGAAACCUAAAAUAAUAUUCCUACACCAUGCAUAGCUCUUUAUUUAUUAAAAUAAUAGUCGCCUCCUCCUAAAGAAAAAAAUUCAACCUUUUUAACUUGAGUUCAGACGCAUGAAAGCUUACUGCAUGACAGCCCUUUUUUUACUGUACACUUUUAUUAUAAAACAUGGGGGGGGGGACGCGGUUGUGAAAAGGAAGCAGGAGGCACCAAUAACAAAUAUAAAAAUGAGAUUUUAUGUUUGUAAAGUAAUUACUUUAAUUUUUAUAAUUUUUUUUUCAAAUUAGUUGCAGGGCUUGUGAAAAGGGCUCCAUCUCAAGAGGGGAUAACGAUUAAUUCAGAAGUGUAUGAGAAAGAAUUACAUUUGAUAAUUAUAGUCAUGUGGAUUUUAGGCUUGCAUUUUUUUUCUUCCAAUUCCAUAGUCUCCUAUGACCUUUAGACUUUAAUAGGUCAAGACAGAUAAUGGCCCGGUUAAAACAUUAAGUCCAACCCACAAAACCAGCUGGCAAACUAUGCAAAAUGUACAAACUGUGAACAAUUAUCUUUGAAAGGCUAUAUAAAUUAAGAAUGGCAGUAGACCUGUACAAUUUUAAUUCUUUUCACAAUUGUACACCAAGACCUGUCAUAACUACAAUUUUAAGAAACCGUGUUAAAAAUAUAUACAUAUAUACAGUUGUUUUUCUGAUUAAAAAAAUAAUUAAAAAAUACAUUUUGGUUGUUAGCUUUAACCUGCUUUCUAUAUCCAACAGUGAAUGGAUCGAGAAAUACUAUUGGUUGGGAACCAAAUAUUAUAUUUGCCCUGAGAGGGGAUGGUGGUGAUGUUGAUUUAGUAGAUUUUGUGUAUAGGUUUGGUGGGGGGGGGGGGGUCUAAAUAUUCAAGUCUAUAAAAUUAACACCACCACAUUUUUUUAAUUAUAGUGAUGAAGGUCAUAUUUUUUCUUUUUGUGUUUUCAUAAUUAACUCACUAGACACUGCAACAGUAAUAUUAAUAUUAGCAUAAUUGCCUUAGUGGAAAUUUUAGUCAAUCCUCUCUUUUGUUUUCUUCGGUGCUGUAUGAGGUAAUUUUGUGACAUAAUUAUUUAGUUCGGUCUGCACGUUUACUCAAUAUAAAUUAAUAUCUGUAGCAAAUACAUGUCUGCAAAAUAAAGUGUUAAAGUAGAAGAUUUCUCAUUAGCACAGCAUUUGUAAAGGGGUAUUAUUUGUUUUUGUCUUGGGUCUUCUUGUACCUGUACAGAAAAAAAUAGGAUCUACUUAACAUUUUAUUUUCCUGUUUACGCUGAUGUGUUUUUAAUUAAUGCUUAAAGAAGCUCAUAAGGUGAUAUGUUAAACAUUUAGUAAUUAUAGCUAGAUGCUUAAAUUAAAAGAAAAGGGAAAUCAUUUUAAUUUUGUUCAUUGUCAUGUCACUGAUAUAUGAAUAAUCUAAUUUUUUAGGAAGUUUGUCUAUUCUUUGUGAUCAAAAGAGGUAAUUUCUUUGAAAUGAUGAGAAUAAAAUAUCUCAAUGAUCAAUGACUCCAUGAAAAAUUGUCAGAUACUUGAGGUUUACUUUUUAAAAAUUUACAUAGGACUAAGUAAACAAUUUAUUUAUUAACAUUUUAACAAUUAAUUUAAAUUCCUGUAAAUUGGGGUUUUAGAAAAACAUUAUAUUAAUUUUUUAUUUAUAGAUGUCUGAAGCACCAGGCCCAGCCAACCACAGAUUGAAAUCUUACAAAAAUAAAGCUUUAGAUUCUCAGGAGCUAAGAAGGCGACGAGAAGAAGAAGGAAUCCAGCUGAGAAAACAAAAACGAGAUGAACAGGUAGAGUAAUAUCUGCACUAAUACUUAAUCUCAAAUUAUAUUAUUCAUUGAAAUUAGGCUCUAUGUUACCAUUAACUGUUAGCAAUUUCAAAUUGGGAACCUCUCACCUACUCUGUUAACUUGUGCUGUAUUGUUAGGCUGUAUGAUUUCAUCAUUUGAGAUUUUAAUUUUUAAAUGCUACUGUUACAAUAACAUUUAAAAAUCAUAAAUUCUUAUUUUCAAAAGAGGAAUAUUGCUGCUUGUUGCAUAAGUGGACAAUGUUGCAUCAGUUAAUUGGAUGCAGAAUUGCAAAUUAUUGACCCUUUGUUCCUUAACAAUUUAAUGCUAGCAUUAGCAAAUAAAGUGAUACUACUCAAGAUAAUUUGAUGUUUCGUUGUCAGUUUACAAGCCUGUACAUUUUCAAAUCUAAAAAUAUUUGAAACUUUAUUUAUUUUUAAACUCAAUAUUUGCUGGGGGAUUGGUUUAGAUCAUUUUUGAUAAACCUUAGAAAUAAUUGCAUGAAAAUAUUUUCAUUAUAGUAUUUCACAAUCUCUGCAAAACAGAUUGGUUUCAAAAAGUUCUGAGACUUUUAAAUUGAAAAUUUCAGGCUAGCCUUAUUUAUAUUUGACGAUAGUCAAAAUACCCCAGGGAAUAUUUACUACAUCCCCAGCUCUUACUUGCCUCAAAAGCACAACUGUAAUUCCUUUUCUUGAAGGCUGUUCAAAUACCUGCUGCUGAAAUUCUCAGGACUAUUAGUAAAAAAAGGUUAUGUUUUAAAUUUUGUUUUUACCCCCCAGAUCUUUAAAAGAAGAAAUGUUGCAGUACCUGAAAAUGAUGAAAUUGGCUCAACAACAGAUUUACAAGAUUCCAUGGUCACACCAACUGUAAGAAUUUUAUUUUAUUUUAUUCUUACUUUUUAUCUUAUAAAACUAGUAAAUUGAAUAAGUCUGUUUUGAAAUGUGUCCUUAAAUAUUUUAAAGCUUCUUUGUAUAGUCUGAUUAAUUACACAAUGAUUUUUAUUAUUUCAGGGAGGAAUAAGCCCUGAAAUGGUACAAGCUUUGUAUAGUGAUGAGCUUGAAGAACAAGAAAUGGCAACACAAAAAUUUAGAAAGCUUUUAUCAAGGGGUAAAAUAUAUUUGUUAAUAGAUGUGAAUUUAGGUUUGUUACUACAUUUCUUCAUAAGAGGGGGAGGGGGGUGAAAAGGAAUAGGGAUGCUGAUUUUACCAUCAGAUUUGAAAAGAUAAAUGAGGCAUGCUCACCAGUUAUUUUAAUAUAUACUGAAUUUAACUUCUAAGAAGGUUUUUUAACUCUAAUUGUAACAUUAUAUUUUCAACUUAGUUUUUAAAAAUAUCACCCUCUUAGUAGCAUUCUGCAUUUUAUUGCUUGUAUUAUCGGUACAGUUUAGACAAUGUGUCAUGUUCAAAAACUUAUUUACAAAUAAGAAUUAACAGAAAUAUUUGUGUCUGAAAAAUUUGUUUGUAAUUUUGAUGUCGGAUUCAGGAUACAAGAUUGAUGUUUUCUUUUUUUCAGAACCUAAUCCUCCCAUAGAUGAAGUCAUACAAACUGGUAUCAUACCUAGAUUUGUAGAGUUUUUGCAGCGAGACAACAGUUGGUCUUUACAGGUGUGUAAACUCACAGUAAAAAUUCAUAAGCAAGUUUAUCCAUUAGUCUUACACUUGUUGAACUUUGAUAUAUUUUUAAUAUAUAUAUUCUAGGCAAUGUUGUUCCCCUUUUAUAGAAUUCAGAAGUAAGGGUAUAAUAUUUAAUGAUUCAUAGUAAGUAAGGUUUAGUAUUUAAAAUGUUUAUAAUAAUUUGAUUGCAUCAACAGUUUGAAGCUGCUUGGGCUUUGACAAAUAUUGCUUCUGGUACAUCAAUUCAGACUAGAAUGGUCAUCAGUGCUGGAGCAGUACCUAUUUUUAUUCGUUUACUCAAUUCUGAAAUAGAAGAUGUGCAAGAGCAGGUAGCGUAACUAUAAUCACUCUUUAAGCGUAUUAUGCUUUAGUUCCUGUUUUAAAUAAUCUGCUUAAACAUUUGACCCCAAAUUUGUAUUUCUUUAAAAAUUUAUUUUUAAUGCUUUUUUUUUCUGCAAUAAUUUUGUUGGCUAUUUUUAGAGGAGGUUAGUACAGAGGUUAAAAUGAGAUCUUCAUUAGUGUUGACCAUGUUUAUUUCAUAAUCAUGUUUAAAGGUCCAUUUGGUGUGCUAUAAAGCUGUUAAAUUUUGUACCUUAACAAAAUUACAGUAGUUCAUGUUAUAAUGGGAGCAACAAAUUCUGAAAUAAUUUUCUUUAGAGUUUUAAAAUAUGGUAAUUGUUUCAAUUAAAUGCCGUUCAAUUGGAUAACUGUUUAAGUUAUAUUUAGAAUCUUAAAAAACCUUUAAACAUAACAAAAAAUUUAAAAAAAAAUUAAGUUGCUUGUAAAAUAUGCAAUAAGGAAUCGUAAAAGGAUACUUUUAGUUUUGGUGAAUUCUGACAUAACUUUCCGAAAAAUAAUUUCAGUUCGCAUUCUGUAUAAAUGAAAAAAUGUCAUUAAAUGUGCUUAAUUUAACUAUACAUGGUUUUGGUUCUUAAAGUUUUUAAACUGUAAAACAAUAGCAUUUAUAAAUUAUAUUAAGCAUAAUAAGAAUAGUAAAAAAAUAAUAGAUUUUGGAAUUGUAACUGACGUAACAUGAAAAAGGCAUAAUAUUUUAGUUAGCUUCUUUUUUUUUCUGAUUUCCUCAGAAAUCUGCUUAAAUUGAAAUAUAUUUUUUCAAGCUAAUUUUCUCAGUAAAGCACUUACCGGUAUUUAGAAAGUACAUUUUAAAAAAAUACAUUAAAAAUGAUGUAACAACAUAACAUGACUUUGUAACUAAUGAAAUGAAACUAAUGAAAAUAAAAUGCCAUUAUGUCAACUCUUUUACAGAAUUACAAAUACUUCAUUGUAUCAGUUAUAACGUUCUUAAAUAACCAUAAAUAACAUUGUUUUAAUGCUUGUCUAUCAUUUGACAUCGACCAUGAUGUUAACGAAAUAAAAAUGAACAAAAUUUCUGUUUAAAAUGUGCAGACGACAUGUUUUUAAUUUACGAUGGCCACCAGGUCAUGUGCCAAACAAAAUUAAAAUCCUAAAAAUGACUCCAUACCAAGACGCAUGAAAUAAAUUUAUAUAGCACCAAAUUUAAUGCAGUUUCAUUGUUGGAUGUUGUGUCCACUAUUAAAUGGAAUUCACCAAUUGGUAGAUUUAAAAAAGAAAAUCAUCAGAUACUGGGUAUAAUAUAAACAUAUUGCAUAAUGAAGUGAUUACCUAAAUGAUACAACGACGCUAUGUGUCCAUACACUUCCUCUAGUGUUAGAAAUAGCUGCACAUAAUUCAUGCGUUUGGUAAUAAGUAAUUUUUUUAAUAAUGUAUUUACUUGAUAAUCCAUAAAUUGUGAUAUCCUAGGCUGUAUGGGCUUUGGGUAACAUAGCUGGAGACAGCCCAGAAUGCAGAGACUAUGUACUGAAUGAGGGCAUCUUGGUGCCUCUAUUACAGUAAGUUAUUUUCUUGAUAUUAUUUUGAUACAAAAUGUUUGCCAUUUACUUAAGAUAGUGAAAUUAAAUAGAAUAUAAAGCAGUGUUUCCCAAACUGAAGCACUUGGUGGAAUACCAGGGUGUGUGAGGAAAAGAGAUUAUAAGAACAGGCAAGUUAUGUAAAGUUAAGAUAUAAAUGUUCAUGUUUUAAAAAAAAAAAACUUUUUCAUUAUUAUCUUCUUGUAUGUAAUAAGUUGCAAGUUCAUCCUCUUAUUUCUACAGCUUUCUUUGAAAUUCAAUAGAUCAAUUAUCAGUUAAUUAUUUUCAAGUUUAGAAUUGUUACUUUUGUAGGUGUACGAGGCUAUUCAAAUAAAUUUGUAGGGAGUUUGGAGCAUAGAAAAAGUUUGAGAACACUGGUAUAUAAUAUAAAUUAAUUCAUGAAUUUGUAAUAUAAUUGAUUUUGUGGCCAUCACUUGAGUCUCAUUUUUCAGUCUUCUUAGCAAAUGUGCAAGUUUAUCUAUGACAAGAAAUGCUGUCUGGUGUCUGUCUAACUUGUGCAGAGGAAAAAAUCCACCUCCAGAUUUUAACAAGGUGAUUAAGGAUCAUGAACAGUUGAAGCUUAACAUAAUAAUAAGUAGAUCCAAACUAUCUUCUUAAAAAUAGCCUAGCUUUAAUUCAUAGAGGUGUACAUAAUUAAUUGAGACUAUAAUGUUACAAAAUCUGCUCAGUUGUAUUAACUAAUAAAAUUUAUUUUAAGCUUUCAAAUUUUUUUUAGUUCCUUAGAAAAGUAAAAUUAGUCAUGCCAUUAAUCAACUAAAUAGAUGUUGUAAAAUUUACUGUAUCCGAGUGGUGGCGUUGCUGACAGGUUAUAUAUAUUAACAAGGAAAUGCAGGUCUAGAGAACUAUAGCUUUAUUGAAAAACGUGUGGUACGAUCAUUUUGAACAGACAGUCCAAUAUCAGACACAUACAGCUGACUUCAAGUAUCCAUUCACACACACCAAGUAUCAGUUCACUCACCUCUCAUGAGAUAAAAAUCACUUGCCUUAUAUAUCACACACCGAGAUCUCAUGACAUCAGCGUCAUGAGUUGUUCAUUGGUCACCCAUGGGGAGAACAUGCCUGGGGUAAACAACAGUAACAUAGGAGCGUGUUCCUUGUACAUUAUAGUAACUUUAUUGUUUCCCAAUAAAUAAAACAUGACUGUAAAUUGCAUAUUUUGUCCAUUUGACCAGGUGUGCCCAGCCUUACCGGUUCUUGCACGUCUCUUGUAUCACUCCGAUAAGGACGUCUUGGCUGAUGCUUGCUGGGCUCUUUCAUACUUAUCAGAUGGUCCCAAUGAAAAAAUACAGUCUGUAAUAGAUUCAGGUGUCUGCAGAAGACUAGUUGAACUGCUUAUGUAAGUUGGUUUAUGUUUCUAAAUGUUGAAGAAAACAUAUAGGUUUAUUUUACUUGUCUGCACGCAUGCCUAAGUAACACCUGUCUGUCUUUUUUACCUAUUAACUUGGAUAUUGUAAAGUGCUAUGGUGUUUGAAAUGAACAUGAUGUGUACCUAUCCAAGCCGCUCUAAAGUAUUCUCCCUCGAUGCAGGUACAAUCACCAAAGUGUUGUAGCAGCUGCACUUCGGGUGGUGGGAAACAUAGUUACAGGAGAUGACUGCCAAACACAGGUGAGUGUGUGCAAUUAUAAUGAUAGGUAUGAGCAAAGCAGUAUUGUUUAACUGGGGUGUGGUGGAUUUCAUUUGGGUUGGUUGACAUAUGGUAUGAAUUAAAACACACAAAGGAAAUAGAGAAGAAGAAAAAAAAUCCAUUAACUUAUAAAUAACCACAUUUUGAUGAUGUUAGGCUACAUGCAACAUGUUUUACAAGUUUAAAAUGGAUAGCAUUUGUAUCAAAGUGCCAUUAUCAGCAGCUCUGAUUAAUUAUUAUUUACAAUAAAUUCAUUAUAAUAUUUGUGACAUGAAGCAAAAUCUGUCUACAAAAUAACUUCAUAAAAAUGCCUUUGAAUGAAGAUUGUAGGGUGUAUACCAACAUUGUAGUGUGUGAAAAAGUCCUGAUAUUAAAUAUAUGAGGUGUUUGUUAGAUUGUUGAAAGAUCAACUCUUGAAAGCCUGAAUGAUCCAUGCGAGAACAAUGUAACGUAAUACUGAUUCAUGAGAAGCUAAACCCCCAUUUUUCAGCAGGGCAGGUGAGGAUUCUUGGAUACAGGGCAGUUUGAAUAGUUAUCUCUUUAUAUGAAUACAGCCCGGCCUAGGUUUGUUACACAAUCUUCAGUUACCAAGUUCUGUUUAACCGUUCAGAGUUGCUGCAGUUGAAGAGAAAACAACUGCUUAUGGAUGCCUUGCUCGCUUUUUGUUCUCAAAUUACAUUGUUUUAUGAUUCCAUCUUCUGGGGCCUUUUUUUCCUUAGCUUCAAAUUUAAGGUCCAGAGUAGACUGAAUUUGGUUUACUCCAACUUGUAUUUUGUUGCAACGAAAUAAUUGUUUUUCCUUUUUUUGCAGGCCAUUGUAUUUUGUUUGUGACUUAACAGCUAUGCCUUGCUGACUCUAUAAUUCUUUGAUGAUAUUUGAUGUAUCAUUUAGUUAUUAUUUUUUUUUCCCUUUUGUAGUUAUUCUUUUUCUUGUACUGGCUUGUCCUAUAGUGUUUGUGGUUUAUUGAAUUUUUUUUGGGGUUUCUUUUGUACUAAACCCAGUCAACUAUUUCAGUGAAUGCUUUAAAAGAUGGUCUUUUUAGAACCUUCCUUGUUGUUCUAUUAUAAAAUGUUCAGGAAGUUUGGAAUUCAUUCAUCCUUGUCACUUUGUCGGUUCUUAAAAUUUUUCAUUUCUUUCCGGCAGGACAUGACAAAAAAAAUUACAAUUCAAAUAAUCGUUUGAUAGAUUGCCUUCAGUUAACCAUAAUUUGUCAUGUUCUGCUGACCCCUAUGUGGUUUCUAUAUGAAUGUAUCAUUCAGUUUAUUAUUAUUAUUUUUUUGCAAUUCAGGUGAUUAUUAACUGUUCAUCCCUGCCUUGUUUGCUGCAUCUGCUGGCCAGUUCUAAGGAGUCCAUUCGCAAGGAAGCUUGCUGGACUAUUUCAAAUAUCACUGCCGGUAACAGGCAGCAAAUUCAGGUGAGACCUUGUGUAUACUGCUAGAAAACCUUUGUACACUCUCUGCUGCGGUAUAUUGGUUAGACAACUGACAUUACUCCUUUAUUUAAAUAAAUAAAAAAAAAAAAUAUUGCCAUAAAUUUUAGUCUUUAGGUAACGCAGUAUAAAAUGCCCUUUGCUAAAAAAUUAGAGUUCUUAAUGAUAGAUUGAGAUAACAAGAGGCAUGAAUUUCUUUAUCAUUUCAGAAUGUGAUAGACUGUAAUAUAUUUCCUGUCCUUAUUGAUAUUUUGGGAAAAGCUGAAUUCAAAACAAGGAAAGAAGCUGCAUGGGCAAUAGCCAAUGCCACCUCAGGGGGCUCUCCAGAGCAGAUUAGGUAAGCCAGGACACAAACCCAUACUUGUCAGAUGCCACUUUAUUACUCUCACUAAGAACUGAAAUAUUUUUUUUAUAUAUAUACAUACAUUUCUUUUUUUAUAAAUAUUGUAACACAAAUUAAUUUUAUUAUUUUAAUUACAGUUAUUUGAUUUCUUUCACAACAGAGUAAGACCUGACUGUUAUUAAUAUUAAUUUAGUUUUUUAAAAACUAAUGACAUACUGGUAAUUACAAUCACUGCAUAAAAAAAUAUCUAGUUUUUGUUAAAAUAUUUUAUAAUUUUUAAUUUUAAUAUUUCCUCUUUGCUAUGCCCAUGUUAAAGUAAUGUUUAUUAGCCUAGUUCCUGAUUUCAAAGGGAAAAUAAUCUCCCAAGAAAAUAUUUGUACCGUGUGCAUAGUUAAGAUAAAUUAAAUUGUUUAAUUAAUCUCUCUUUAAAAGAAUUGAAUUGAUAUUAAAUUAUUUCUUUUUUAACCCAGAGCAUUGUUAAUGCCAAUCUGUCCAGAGUAGAAUAUUUCUUUUCUGUAAAUUUGUAUUUUAUUCUUUUGUUUCUUUGUAGAUUCCUUGUGGAUCAGAACUGUAUCCCACCCCUCUGUGAUUUACUGACCGUGAUGGACAGUAAAAUAGUUCAGGUAGCUCUUAACGGCCUGGAGAAUAUUCUCAGGCUUGGAGAAUCUGAUGCCAAGCAGGGAAAUGGUGUCAACCCAUUUGCAGUAAUGAUUGAAGAAUGUUAUGGUUAGUUUCACUUACAAAGCUCAUUUUUAAUUCUUUUUAGAAAUAUGCAUAUUAUAACAUUUCUUUAUUAUAUUAAUUUUUUUGGGUGGUGCUGGGUUGGGGGGGGGGUGUCUUACAAUUGAAUAUUUUGGUGUUCCUCUAAAAAUGUAUUAAACAUUUCAAGAAGUAUGAAAAUUAAGAUUUUUUUUUCAUCCCUUAAGUCUAUAUUAUUAUAUUAAUUUUUUUGGGUGGUGGUGGGUUGGGGGGGGGGGGGUGUCUUACAAUUGAAUAUUUUGGUGUUCCUCUAAAAAUGUAUUAAACAUUUCAAGAAGUAUGAAAAUUAAGAUUUUUUUUUUCAUCCCUUAAGUCUAUGAGUCUUGUUAUGUAAUUUUGAGUUCCUUUGCUGUUCCAUGUGAUUUUUUGGAAGAUUAUUAAACUAGCACUCAUUAAUAUUUUGAGGUACAAUAAACAAUUUGAUAAUUAUAAAUAAAAACGAUUAAUAAUUUUAUAAAUACAAUUUAUAAUCGUUAUAAACUAUUUAUAAUAAAUAAACUGGUAGAAGAAUUUAACUACUGAAUUUACAAUUCUUGCACAGCUUUUUAAAUUCUUCUGCUCUUGAUUUUACACACUUUUCUGUUUGCAUUUUAAUCUCUUUUUUUUUUUUUUACGUAUGAUAUGUAAAUUAAUGGCACUUCACAUAUUAAUUAUUAAUAUAUAUUAAUUAUAUAGAGUUUGACUCUCUGCCUAGUUUGCUAAAAUCGUGAUCAUUUUAUUCAAGUGUUCAUGAUGAAUGGUUACAGUAGAAGACUGGCUGAGAAUGCCUUUCUCUGGGGUUUAGCGGCUUCAAGAAACUCUAAAAAACUAUCAACUUGUAUAAAUAAAGGCUCGCUCAUAAAAACUGAUUCUAAAGAAUGGGAACCAUUGCAACUGCAAUAGAAUAUGGAUAGAAGCUGAAUAUGAAUGAUGAAAGUUUUAAUUGAAACUGGGAUACAUUGGUUUUUACUUCUUGGGUCAUCAACAUACUUGAUCAAGUUAAAAAAUAUCUAUGCAUAAUUGCUUUUAUUCUUAUAGGUCUGGAUAAAAUUGAGUUCUUGCAGAGCCAUGAAAAUCGUGAAAUUUACCAGAAGGCAUUUGACAUCAUUGAGCGGUACUUUGGCACAGAAGAGGAAGACAAAGCCCUUGUGCCUCAGCUGGACCAGGCUUCACAGCAAUACCAGUUUACCGGAGACACCAGUACCCCAAUGGGUGGCUUCCAGUUUUGAUACACGGCUAGGCUUAGGUUCUUCCGUCUUGUUGUUUGUUUUUAAUCUCUGUAAGUGUAUUAGAAAUCUAAAAAAAGAACUCGGUACUUUGUAAAUAGUAUUAAAGGUAGCUCUGUGUUCUCCUCAGUGCGUGUUUAUUCAUAUUUUUUUUUUGUUAAAUAUCUAAAUAAAAAAAACGUAUGAUUAUUGUUCAAGUUGGUGUUAGCUAGUUUAAGUUAUGACUAUUUUAAAUAUCGUUUGAUUUUUUUUAAUAUAAAGAGAAUUAUAUAUAUCAGUAUAAAAAUUUAACUAUUCAUGUGAAAAUAGUGAUUUGCAAACACACGGAUAUGUAGCUGUGCUGUAGAGAAUGAGUGUCGUAAGCUUAUACUAAGUGCUUUUUUUUUCUUCUAAAUCAAGGUUUACUGAUGUUUCCUCCGGAUGUGUUAAAUUGUAUUAACACAUUACUGUAAACAUUAAUUUCCUUGCAACUGAAUUUACUAAUUCAUACAAAUGUUUUCUUACAACUAGUUUGAGGUGAUCACUGUAGCAUCAUUGUUUCCAUCAAAAUCACCAAUCUCUUAAGCUCAGCUACUAUCUCUUGUCAAAUAACCAGUCAACAUUUUGCAAAGCCAUCAAAUAAUUUCAGUAGUUUUCCAUCGUGCUAACUUGGUUUACUCAGAACCCAGAUGAGGUGCUGUGGUAGUUCCCAUUGGCAUUUUAUUACCUUUUUGUAUGUUACAGAGAGGUUAUUUAAUUUAUUAGCUGUUUUUAAUUUAAAUACCAAAAGAUCUUAGUUGAUGGCUUUGUCAAUCUUUCAUUUGCAAUAACACACUAUAUUCACUACCAAUGUACAUUGCAACUUGAUAAAUAAAGACAUACAUUAAGGAAGGAAUUUUUGAAGGCAUGAAGGUCUUGUUUGUUGUGGCCUCAAACGUGAGUACACAUGCCUGACAAACUUCCUUGAAGCCAUGAUUGCCUCAUUUGAUCUGUUAGGUCUGGAUCUUUCAUUCAUCCGCCUGCAGUUCUGUGUGUUCACUCUUAAUUUAUCACAGGCGUAAAGCUACCUUCCUAUGUUCAAAUACUAUAUAACCUCAUCUUUGAGAGUUCUGUGAAGGAAAAAAAACAACAAACUUUAUGAAGACUUUUUACACGAUAUAUGCCUUAGUUUUAGUUGAUAUACCGACAGACAAGGUUCAUGAAACUACGUCCACAGUGAUAUAUAUAUAUAUAAAAUAUAUAUAGAAGUUAUGAUCAUGAACACAGUAAAUGUCGAUAAGUUACAUUUGUUUCAAUGAAUGCCGACAGCCAAAGCAAAUCUAGCAGCAUUGUAUAUUCACACAGUCCCAUUAUCUUUGGAAGGAAAAUAGAAAUGCAGGUCUUAUGAUUUACUGCUGCAUUAAACAAAAUUCAUUAUGUUGUUUUGCUUUGUUCUUUUUUUUUUUUUUUAAAGAGAAUAUAUUUUAGCAGACCUUAUUUAUUUUUUUACUACCACCAAUUUUUGGUCACAGCAAGCAUUAAAUACAUAUGUUUUAUUAGUGUCUUGCGAUGUUAAAAUGAAACUUUUAACAGGAAGUACAUCUAUAAUCAGGUAUUUUUUCCCCCACAGAUUUCUCUAAGACUCAAAUAAACCCAUGAUUUCAUGGGGUUUUUUUUAUUGCAACAUACGCCCUGCCAUACUGUGACGAAAACAGUGCUCUUAUUAUAUCAUUUUACUGACCAUUUUGUUAGAAAGAAAAGUAAGGUAAUUUUUAACAGCAUAAUAGAUCGUUUAUAUGAUGACUGCUUGCAGCCUCCACUUUUUAUUCGAAAAAAAAAAGUCUCCGAACCAGUGAUCACCCUACUAGCUAUAAUGGUUGGGUUUCACUGAUCCAGAAAACAAAAGUGAUUGUUGAAUUUAUCCAUCGACACAUACCCGUAUGAUGCACAUGCCUUAGAUAUUUCCGAUCAGAGUAUGGCAGGACAGCACUUUUUCUUCACCCAAACAAAGUCUUUCAUUCACACGCCCAAGUACUUCCAGGGACAAGCCAACUGCAAACAGGUUACAUUGUGUAGCAUUAUAUUAAACAUGCAUUCAGAACUAUGUCAAUAACAUUUUAAUCAUGCCAUAUAUGUCCUUUUUUUAACUUAUGUGUUGUGUUAAAUUUGAACUAUUUAUUUUAUUCAUGUUUGAUCUUAUUUAAAUGGUGAAAAAAAAAUCUGAUUUUUAUUUGAAAGAAAAGAAAGAAAAAAAAGUGACCUAUUUACUUCAGUUUUUUUAAAAUAUAAAAUAAAUGCAAUCUGGCAUGCUUUGAUUUGAUUAAUUCAGCACUAAUGGAUAAACUUCCAGAUGUUCUUAAAAAAAAAAUUAAUGAAUGAUUAAAAAAUAUCUUUCAUUUUUCUCAGGAAAUUGUAUCUUCUUUGUGUGAAAAAUGUUCUAUAUUUUUCCACUUCCACCUCCAGCCACCCCCCUCCCCUUCACCUUCUUCCCACUUUUGUCUCUGGGGGGAUAUUUUAAAAUGGCUUAUGGAAGCACAAGCUUGGCCUUAUAGCACCUCACAGUGGUGCAAAUGUUUUGCAGGAUUGAAAAUGUCCAUUUUUAAACAUUUUAAUCGGAUUGGUCACGAAGUGACUGCUCCCAAAGCGGAAUGUGCU